CACAACACCUAAUCUAAAAUGUCUUCCUUGUUAAAAGAGAGAGUCAAAUGUGCUUCCUUGUUGAAGAAGGUAGUCACCCACCCAAGAGACUUGGUUUCAUUGUUUAAACAUGGUGAUUAUAUUGGUAUGAGUGGUUUUACUGGUGUUGGUUAUCCAAAGGUUGUUCCACAAGCUUUGGCUGAUCAUGUCCAAGAAAACAAACUUGAAGGUAAAAUGAAGUUUAAUCUCUUUGUUGGUGCUUCAUUAGGUGCUGAAGUUGAAGAUAGAUGGGCUAAAUUAGAUAUGAUUGAUAGAAGAUAUCCUCACCAAGUCGGAAAGAACAUUCAAAAGGGUAUUAACGAAGGUAGAAUUAGAUUCUCUGACCAACACUUGUCUAUGUUCUCUCAAAACUUGACUUAUGGUUUUUAUACUAAGGAAUGUGCUAAUCAAAAGAGCCCAAUCAAUUAUGCUAUUAUUGAAGCUACUGAAAUUAAGGAAGAUGGAAGUAUUAUUUUGGCUGCUUCUGUUGGUGCUACACCAGAAAUUCUUCACAUGGCUGAUAAGAUUAUUAUUGAAGUCAAUACUGCUUUGCCAUCAUUCGACGGUAUUCAUGAUAUUCAUCUUCCUUUGGAUCCUCCACACAGAAAGCCAUUGAUGAUUGAAAAUGUUCAAGAUCGUAUUGGUACUACUGGAUUGAAGAUUGAUUUGAGUAAGGUUGUUGCUAUUGUUGAAAGUACUAAACCAGAUAACACUGGUGGUAAUGCUCCUGAAGAUGAAUCCAGUAAGCAAAUUGCUAAGAAUUUGACUGAAUUCUUGAUUUCCGAAGUUGACGCCAAGAGACUUCCAAAAGAAUUGUUGCCACUCCAAUCUGGUAUUGGUAACAUUGCCAAUGCUGUUAUUUCUGGAUUGGUUGAAUCUCCAUUUGAAAAUUUAACUGUAUUUACUGAAGUUUUGCAAGAUUGUUUCAUUAACUUGUUCGAAGCUAACAAAUUGAACUUUGCUUCUGCCACCUCUGUCAGAUUGUCUGAGGAAGGUUUCAAGAAGUUCUAUGCUGAUUGGGAUAACUAUAAGAAUAAGAUUGUUCUCAGACCACAAACUAUUUCUAACGCUCCUGAAUUGAUCAGAAGACUUGGUGUCAUUGCUAUGAAUACUCCAGUCGAAUUCGAUAUUUAUGGUCACGUCAACUCUACCUGUGUUAAUGGUUCUAGAAUGAUCAAUGGUUUGGGUGGUUCUGGUGACUUUUUGAGAAAUGGUAAGCUCUCAAUUAUGCACACUCCAGCUGCUAGACCAUCUAAGAAUGAUCCAAUUGGUAUCACUUGUAUUGUCCCAAUGGUCAGUCACGUUGAUCACACUGAACACGAUUUGGAUGUCUUUGUCACUGAAUUUGGUUAUGCUGAUGUUCGUGGUUUGUGUCCAAGAGACAGAGCUAAGCUUAUUAUUGAAAAGUGUGCUCAUCCAGAAUACAAACCAAUUCUCCUCGACUACUUUGAAACUAACUUGAAGAAGUGUUUGAAGACUAGCUCUGCUCACCAGCCACACGACUUAUCCACUGUUUUCAAGAUGUACCAAAAUCUCCAAGAAAAGGGUACAAUGAGAAUUGAACACUGGUAAUCAUUUUUGACGUCUGUACUUUAAUUUGUAAAUAAACCUAAGUUUUGGAAAU